CGCCAAUCUCGUCACUCUUUGUCAAGAAUUUCGUAAAACACCCCACGCAACGCCCGCCGCCGUUAGCCCCCCACGUAAAAAGAAAGGAAGAAAUUACUGGAUGGUGGGUGUUGGACUGAAAGCAGUAAGUGAUGCACGUCAUCAUUGCCCUGACAGGAUUCUCCAUGUGUCUGAUGCUGGCACGGUGGCCUUGAUGCGAAAGUUUUGCUGUCCUUGAUAAUCCCUAGAGUCCUGAAGGGGCGAUAUCGGUUUCAACGGUAGCACCGUGAGAGACCAUGCAUUACUUUAUGAUGUGUUUGCUCACCUGCAAUGAUAUGGCAACUCUCCAUUGCUGAACCCCAACCCCCCUCUCCCCCAAGAGCCUCCCAGUUGUUACACCACAUGCGCUAUCGAAUGCGACGAGAAGGCUAUUGGUUCCAGCCUCAAGAAAUCUCCGCAGCAAGCUGACAAUGCAUUUUGGCAGCUCAUGACAACCUUUACUGUUACGCACCUUGAUAGCAUCCCCACACCAUGAUAAGGUAUCCCCCACAAACUGCAAGACUCAAAGCCUGGCCAGGCCCAAGGAACAACCAAGAUGAACCCCUGAAACAACCUCAAAAAAGGGGGGCUGCACCCCGCCGAUCGCAGCCAGGUUUAGGCACAAAGCGGUUCACAGCUCAAUGGAAUGUUGGCCUUGGCAUCAAGCCCCUCAGCACGACACAGUCAGCUUCCCCACGUUCUCUAAUGCCUCUCGUUGGUCAGAAUGGAAAAUCGACAAGGUGAAUAGGGAAGAGAGUUUCGCCUCUGCCUAUCGGAUGCAUUGUAAGCACGGCCGAACAUGCAGUUGGUUCUUUGUCUGGCAUCCCAUCUGGGAUCCGACUGCAACCCUACUGAUAAAAGAACAGGGGACAUAUGUCCCAAUUCAAGAGCAUGUGCCGAGACCGCGGGACCAGCUCCCUUGAUCACACAUCAGCAGCGUGCCCCUUGGUGAUUUUGUUCCUGAAAAAAAGAAAUCUUCAGUGAGCAGGGUCAGCAAUGAAGAAGGGCUUCAACUUGCGAUUGCCAUAAUCCGAUCACGGCACUGCACAUACCCACCGUUGAGACAGUAAGAAACCUUCCUUUUUGACUUGGAACGGACGUACCUGCAUUCAGGGCCCGAGUUGUCCGAGGGUCAAAGAGGUCACACCUCCAACCAUUGCUGCGCUCAGGGAAUAUCCUUCGAAGCAAACACCCACCGUCCUUCACCGAGUACCUCAACGGGCAACUCAAAUCCUCUGCCAUGGAAACCCUCGACCUCGUGGUCAUAGGCGCAGGCAUCGCCGGACUCUCCGCUGCAAAGACCUACCACCAGCUCAACAAUGGCAAGACUCUCGCCCUACUCGACGACAAAGAGAGCGUCGGCGGUGUCUGGGCCAAUAGCCGGCUCUACCCCGAGCUCCGAACAAACAACAUGCUUGGGACAUAUCAGUUCCCUGACUUUCCGAUGACCACCGAGCAAUUCGGUGUGAAGCCAGGAGACCACAUCCCAGGCGUUGUCGUGCACGAGUACCUGAAAGCCUAUGCUGAGAAGUUUGGCAUCGCGGAUAAAAUCCGCUUCCGUCAUAAGGUUGUGACUGCUGAACACCAGGAUGGACUGGACGGUGGUUGGACCCUGACAGUAGAGCAUGAGGACGAGACGAGCAGGAUCUUUGCAAAGAAGCUCAUUGUCGCUACCGGGUUGACUUCUGAGCCGUUUUUGCCUCAUAUUGAUGGACAAGAGCAGUUUAGCGCGCCUUUGUUCCAUGGUGCUGAUUUCCUUCAGCAUGUCGAUACCCUCGAAACCACUCAUAAGGUGACGGUUUUCGGUGGGAGUAAAUCAGCUUGGGAUGCAGUUUAUGCGUACGGUAAGAAGGGCAUCCACGUGGACUGGGUGAUCCGAGAAAGCGGCCAUGGUGCUGUGUGGAUGGCACCACCCUACGUGACUCCAUUGAAGAAGUGGCUAGAGAAGCUGGUCAACACCCGCAUGCUCACCUGGUUCAGCCCUUGCAUCUGGGGCUUCGCCGACGGGUACAACACGCUCCGCAACUUCUACCACGGCACCGCCCUCGGCCGCGCCAUCACGAACGUCUUCUGGUCCGUCCUCGGCAACGACGUCAUCACGCUCAACAAAUACGACUCCCACCCCGAGCUCAAGAAGAUCAAGCCCUGGAGCCACCCCAUGUUCACCGCUUCGUCCUUUUCCAUCUACAACUACCCCACCAGCUUCUGGGACCUUCUGACCAAAGGUACGGUCAAAGUUCACAUUGCAGACAUCACCGGCCUGUCCCACAAAACGGUCCACCUAUCCAACGGUACAGACCUUCCGGCUGAUGCCCUGUGCUGUGUGACUGGCUGGAAGCACGUACCACCGGUCAAGUUUCUCCCCGAGGGAAUCGACCUAGACAUUGGGCUGCCUCACACACCAAGCAAGGCAAAGUUGUUCACCAAGGAAGCCGUCGAAAGGGCUGACAAGGAAAUUCUCGGUAAAUUUCCGCGAUUGAAGGAUCAGCCAGUUCAAAACCCUAACCUGAAGCCACUCCUUGGAACAAAGGGUCUGUCAACGACAGAUAAGAUCAACCCUUCGACUCCUCUGACCCCAUGGACGCUGUACCGGUUUAUGGUGCCACCCUCAGCAAGGUUCAUGCAGACAAGAGAUAUCGCCUUUGCGGGUAUCUGCAUGAACUUCAGCACCAUGAUCAUGGCGCAUAUCCAGGGGUUGUGGAUCUCGGCGUAUUUUGCUGACCAGCUGCCUGUGAGGACGAUUCCGCCGGUUGAUGGGAAGAGGGAUCGGGAAGGCAGGGCCAAGACGCUGGAAGAGGUUCAGCACGAGACGGUACUGCAUGCUCGGUUUGGCAAAUGGAGGUAUCCGGCCGGGAAGGGCGCGCUGCUGCCGGACUUUGUGUUUGACGCGGUGCCGUACUUGGAUUUGAUGGUGGGGGAUAUGGGUUUGAAAGUUCAUCGGAAGGCGGGGUGGUUAAAAGAGGCAACAGAGCCGUAUGGGCCGGAGGAUUAUGAGGAUCUCAUGUCGGAAUGGGUUCAGUCGGUCGAUGGGGAGUAGCGGAGUCCUGUUAUGAUGUAGAGGGCGAUGAGAUGGGUGUAUAUAAUGCGAUCAAUUGCAAUACCAAUGAUUGAAGACAGCUUUCAUUCUGGCGGUGGCUGCCUGUAACGUUGAAAUCAUUAGCGAUGAGCUGUCGUGCUGAUGGGAAUGUAAGAACUUGAGGGAAGUCAAAAUAAGCAGUGAGUGGAGGCGCA